AUGGAGUGUGAUCCCACGCUACCCAUCCAACCAGCCACUGCGAGGCCUCUCCUCGUAAUUGAGGACGAGUCUGUUUGGAAACGCUGCAUUUAUCAAGGAUGUGGAAAGGAGAGUGUGAGGACCGUAAUGCGAAGUUUAGAAGGAGACGUGAUCAACGCGAUGGCGACGGAGCGCUAUCUAUUGAUCAAAGAUGGGCAACAGGAGCUUGCAAAUUUCCUAUAUAGAAAGAUGGACCUCAUCAAAAAACAUGUGAAGCAAGCCGACGAAAUCAUAUUCGAUCAAGAAAAAGGUCUGGACAGUGUGCGAGCGUUCAUUGAGGAGCGCUUUAUCAUGCAUUUCGGACCAGAUAUGGAUGGUUCAAUGAGAAAAUGGACCGAAGAAGAGGAAGAAGAGCAGCAGUUUCUUAUCGACAAAUUCCCUGUUCAUACUCAAGGUCAUCCUGCGAAUGAACAAUUUGGAUCCGGACGACUAUAG